AUGAAUCGGGGAAACUUUCUUGAAUUUUUACACUAUACAACUAAGCAAAAUGAAGAAUAUAGAUUAGUAGCAUUGGAGAAUGCUCUUGGACAUGAUAAAUUGAUUGCUCCUAGUAUCCAAAAAGACAUAAUCAAUGCAUUUGCAGUUGAAACCAUCAACAAACUAAUUAGUGAUCUUGGAGAUGCUUUUUUUUCUAUAUUAGUUGAUGAAGCUCGUGAUGGAUCCAACAAAGAGCUGAUGGCAAUUAUCUUACAUUAUGUAAACAAAAGAGGAUGUGUUGUUGAGUGUCUAUUAAGCAUUAUGCAUGUCACAGAUACGACUGCUUUGUCACUAAAGAUGGGAAUUGAAACAUUGUUCUCUAAAUACAAUUUGAGCAUAUCAAGAUUACGUGGACAAGGUUAUGAUGGUGCAAGUAAUAUGCGAGGUCAGUUUAAUGGGUUAGAAGCACUUAUAUUGAAAGUUGUGGCAAAAAAGGAUACAAAUAUUGAGAGACCUCUUUUGAAAGUUUCUUGUGUGAUAAAUAUUGUUGGAUGGUCACCUAGACAUCGGGAUCUUCUUAAUGAGAAACAAGCUUUGAAGGUGAAAAAAGCUAUUGAAAGUGGUGGGCUUUCAACAGGGCAAGGCCUUAAUCAAGAUACUAGUCUGAAGCGGCCAGGGGAAACACGGUGGGGUUCACAUUAUGGGACUUUGUUGAGCUUGAUUAAUUUGUUUUCAUCUGUUGUUGAAGGGCUUGAGGAUCUUAUUGAAAAUUCUGAUAAUAGAGUUGAAGCAAGUGAUUUGGUGGAUUAUAUGACUUCUUUUGAUUUUGCUUUUAACCUACACAUGAUGAAAAACAUUUUGGGAAUCACAUUUGAACUUUCACAAGCAUUGCAAAGGAAGGAUCAAGAUAUUAUAAAUGCUAUGUCUUUGGCACUUGAACUUCAACUUGAUAAUUACAUUGAUGAUAUGCGCUCGGAUAGUGCCUUUUUAGAACUGAAUGAUAUUACCAGUCUUGCUCAGAAAAUUGUUGAAAAGAAGAAGCAUCUUAUUUACUCAUUGGUAUAUUUGCUCAUCACAUUGGCUUUAACCUUACCAGUUGCAACUGCAAUUGUAGAAAGGGCAUUUUCUGCUAUGAAAAUUGUGAAGACUCAUUUACUCAAUCGGAUGGGAGAUCAAUUCUUGAAUGAUAGCUUAAUUCCAUAUGUUGAGAAAGAUUUAUUUGACAGUGUUGAUAAGGAGAUGGUGAUGCAACGAUUCCUCAAUAUGAAGCCCCGACGAGGACAAUAG